AUGGCAGCUGUGCGCAGAAAACCUUGGCAGAACAGGCAGGUGGGAUCUCUUCUCCUUCUCUGGUGUGUGUCUGUGGGAGGCGCGGCCACCAUCCGCUAUUCGGUGGCGGAGGAGAUGGAGAGCGGCUCAUUUGUGGCUAACGUGGCUAAGGACCUGGGGCUGGAGGUGGGGAAGCUGGCAGAGCGCGGGGCGCGGCUGGUUGCCGAGGGCAACAAGUUGCAUUUCCGGCUCCACCGCAAGACCGGAGAUUUGUUCGUCAAGGAGAAACUAGAUCGCGAGGCACUCUGUGGCAAAGCUGACCCAUGCGUGCUGCACUUUGAAAUUGUUCUGGCAGAGCCUCUGCAGUCCUUCCGUGUGGAAGUCAGAGUAUUUGAUAUCAAUGACAAUGCCCCAGUUUUUCUAAACAAGGAGCCUCUUUUAAAGAUUCCCGAGAGCACCCCUUUGGGCUCACGUUUUCCACUGCAGAGCGCCCAGGAUCUGGACGUGGGACUCAAUGGUCUCCAAAACUACACCCUGAGUACAAACGCCUAUUUCCACCUGCACACACGCUUCCGAAGCCAUGGGCCCAAAUAUGCGGAACUUGUGCUGGAUAAUCCCCUGGAUAGAGAGGAGCAGCCUGAAGUCAACUUGACCAUUACAGCGGUGGAUGGCGGGUCCCCUCCCAAGUCUGGCACUGCCAACAUUCGAGUGGUUGUCCUGGACGUCAAUGACCACGUGCCCCAGUUCUCUCGUCUGGUGUACCGCGCUCAGGUGCCAGAGAACAGCGACAACGGCUCUUUAGUGGUGAUGGUGACUGCCACGGACCUGGAUGAGGGCACCAACAAGCAGAUAACUUACUCUUUAGCUGAAAAUCCGGAAGCAGUUCUCCAGACGUUUCUUGUCGACUCGCAAACUGGAGAGGUACGACUCCGAGGGCCCCUAGAUUUUGAAACCAUAGAAACAUAUGACAUUGACAUUCAAGCUACGGAUGGAGGGGGCCUUUCUGCCCACAGCAAAGUCUUGGUGGAAGUGGUGGAUGUAAAUGACAAUCCUCCGGAAGUGACAGUCUCCUCAGUGUCUAGCCCUCUUCCUGAGGACUCUCCGCUCCAGACUGUAGUGGCCCUCUUCACUAUCCGAGAUCGGGAUGUGAGAGUUGGAGGAAAAAUCACCUGCUUCCUCAGAGAAGACUUGCCCUUUGUAGUCAAACACACAUUCCGGAAUUCUUACUCGCUGGUCACUGACAGAAGCUUGGAUAGGGAGGAUGUCUCCAGCUACAACAUCACCCUCGUUGCUAUGGAUACUGGACCACCCAACCUGUCCACAGAGACUGUGAUUGAAGUGCUAAUAUCGGACAUAAAUGACAAUCCUCCGGUCUUUCAGGAGGACUCCUACAUCUUGACUGUUCGCGAAAACAACAGCCCUGCCAUUUUUAUUGGCAAAGUCCACGCUGAGGACCUAGACGUGGGUGAAAACGCCCAGGUAACAUACUCGCUGCUGCCUCCAAAGAGUGGAGAUCUGUCAGUCUUUGCUUACAUCUCUAUAAAUUCAGACAACGGAAAGCUCUAUGCACUGAGAACGAUGGAUUAUGAGGCCAUCCAAGAUUUUCAAUUUGUGGUCAAGGCAACGGAUGGGGGUUUUCUGUCCCUGAGUAGCCAAGCUACUGUCAGAGUGGUUGUCCUCGAUGACAAUGACAAUCGUCCGAUGAUCUUGUACCCACUGCAGAAUGGCAGUUUGCCCUGCAAUGACCUGGUGCCCAGGUCUGCAGAGGCAGGUUACCUGGUGACCAAAGUCGUGGCUGUUGAUGGUGACUCGGGGCAGAAUUCUUGGCUUUCAUACCAUCUCCUUAAAGCCACUGACCUUGGGUUAUUUUCUGUUCAGAGACAAAACGGGGAAAUACGUACACUGAGGCAGAUAACUGAGAGAGACCCUAUGAUGCAGAAACUGAUCAUUCUUGUUCAGGAUCAUGGCCAACCAGCCCUCUCCACUACUGCCUCACUCAACAUCCUGCUGGUAGAUGGCUUUUCAGAGCCUUACUUGCAGUUCCAGGAUCCAUCCAAGCAUUCUAGAAAGGUAAAUCCAACCACAAAGUAUUUGGUCAUUUCUCUGGCUGUGCUUUCUUUUCUUUUUCUCUUCUCUGUCACUGUGAUCUUUGUUAUACACCUCUACCAGAAGAUUAAACACAGAGACAAAUUCACGAUUCAGGAGCACUUCUACGAUGACUGUAAUUUCCCUAACAAUUUGGUGCAAGGAAGAGGCAAUGGUUCCUUAUCCCAGCCUUGCCCGUAUGAUAUGUGCUCAGCCACUGGAACGGGCAACAGCGAGUUCCGUUUUCUUAAGCGAUUUAUGCCCAAUUUCCCUUUUCCCCAUUCCCCUGGAGAGGCGAAAACAGAGGGUGAUUCCAGUUUGCCUCCAGAUUCUAAAAGAAAUCGGCCUCGGGGUUCAGAGGGCCGUGCCCGGAUAGGUGAUGACUAUAUGUAAUUCUGACUGACAGCCCGCACGAGAGAAUAGAAACAUGGUGUUAUAGUCCAUCGUCAAAGAGCUACCAUCCUCACUGAAACAAGGACGGGAGUAGACUGCAUCUCUGGCGGAAACAGGAGUGCCUAGUUUGGUGAAAACAGGAAACUCAGAUUUAGGCUUAGCUUAGUAAAAAGCAAGUUUCCUGAUUCCUAGAUUAUUUAUGCAUUUGGAAUUCUGUUAAAGAAAUGUUACUUUGUGUAUAAAUUCUGCCUUUCCCUCUCUUGUGUGCUAGGCAAGAAACGAAUGAACCACUUUUCAUGUUACCCAUGAAAGUUCACUGACCCUGGCCUGAGGAAUACUUAGUUCCAUAGGAAGAGUUGGUUAUUUUACUUUUAAAUCAUCUUCCAGUAGAAAGCUAUUUAUGCAUAGGGAAGAGAACUAGUUCUCAGCUCUGAUUAAGAAUUGAGUUUGCCUGAGAGUGGUGGUGCACUCCUCUAAUUCCAGCACUCAGGAGGUAGAGUCAAGUGGAUCUCUGUGAGUUCAAGGCCAGCCAGAACUAUACAGUAAGACCCUGUCUCCAAAAAUUUUUGGCAGAGACAUAGUUUAUUAUUCAGAAAUUUCUAUUUUUUGUACCUGACAAAUAGAGAUAAUCUCUGAAUCAACUUGCACCCAUCAUUUAUAAUCAUAAAAAUGUCCAGUAAAUGAUGAUCCUUACAGUGACAGAAAAGAUGAAGAUUUUAUAAAAGGAUUUUAUUUAUUUGUAAAUGCAGGAGCAGUUAUAAAGCUAGACUCCAGUCAAGAAAUAUUCUCCAGAAUUAUUAGUUAUAUCUUCUUAAGGGUUAUUUGGGGUCUUAGGCAGGUUUCAACUCUCUUUCAUGUAUAGAUAUCCUUGCCUUAUCAGAGAGUAGUUAUUUGAAUAUAGGGAACUAAGGGUGGGUUAGGAUAUAAACAUGAUACUUUUUGCUAUAGUUAAUUGGCUAUAGAAUUUUUUUUAAGAUUUAUUUAUUUAUUAUGUAUACAGCAUGUUUGUCUGCAGGCCAGAAGAGGGCACCAGAUCUCAUUACAGAUGGUUGUGAGCCACCAUGUGGUUGCUGGGAAUUGAACUCAGGACCUCUGGAAGGGCAGCCAGUGCUCUUAACCUCUGAGCCAUCUCUCCAGCCCCAGAAUAUUUUACUUUAAAUCAUUUUAUUUUAAAUGGUGUAGAAGUUUUAUAUUUUAAACUAUUUUGUAAUUUACAGAGAAAUUAUUUUAAAAAAAAAAGCACCAGAGCCUGGGCCUCGGUGGUGCAUGCCUUUAAUCCCAGCACUCUGGAGGUAGAGGCAGGUGGAUCUCUGAGUUCAGGGAUAGCCAGAGUGAGUUCCAGGAUAGCCAGAUGUACCCAGAGAAACCAUGUCUUGAAAAACAAAAAAAAGGCACAAAAAAGAAGUUCAUUAAUACCAGUUAAAUGGACUUAAGAGAAGCACUUUCAGGCAGUACCUGAUAGAUGGCAGGCCUCUUUUCUCUCUGAGCACUCUGAGCUAUCACUAUAACAUAGUAAGUGUUGAAAAGGGUCUAUUUCUAAUAAAUUAUGCAUAAAAUGAGGUGGAGUAGGGAAAUAUGUUAGGCUACUUUUAAAAUAUAUGCUUUAAACCCUCAUAAGCUUUUCUAGGUGCUCUCAUUCUAAGGUCAAAGAAAAACUGACUCUGAAACGUUAUUGUAGUUUGUGGACGCUAAUGGUACUACUAACUAUGUCUUGAAAGUCAGUUUGCUUUAAUGAAGUUGUAGCUUCAUUUUUAACCUUUCCUUUUAAGAAAUGUGUGUAUCAAUUUAGACUCAGUGAAUCAUGUCCUAGUUCCUUUUAUACAAGAAGCACAAUAUUUGUUUUUGUUUGUUUUCUGAGACAGGGUUUCUCUGCGUAGUCCAGGCUGUCCUGGAAUUCACUCUGUAGACCAGGCUGACCUUGAACUCAGACUUGCCUCAGCCUCCCUGGGAUUAAAAGUGUGUGCCACCAUGCCUGGCUGAGGCACGAUAUUUGUAUCUGGAAUUCUGAGUGUAGAGAAAUAUUUCUUAAAUAUACCAUAUCCUCUUCACUGAUAUAGUCUUCAUUCUUAGAUUUAUGACUGAUACCUGGUGAUACCAUCUGGCUAUUUGGUGGCCAGGAGUAUAUUAAACCUUAAUGGUACUUUUUAAAUUCUUAGGGUAGAGAUGUUAAAACCUAUGAAUACCUUCAAUAUAUUAUUUGAUAUUUUGAGAAGAGAUGAAGUAAAUACAAAUAAUGAAUUCUUUUAUUAAUUCUAAAUAUUGUCCAUGAGUUGAGUUAUAAUACUGUUCAUGUGAAGUAAGUAUCUUGGACAAAUCAGAAGAUCAUUCAGUAUAUUUCACAAUGUUCACACUUAUAUACACACAUGAGCAGACACAAUAGAGAGGAGACCUAGAUUUGUCAACUUUUAUCCUCAUUAAAUGAAAUAAAAUCUAUCACUUUAUAUCAUGAUUAUUUCAUAAAGUAAAUCAUAUUUUAAUAUAAAACAGUUAA